UCGAGAUCUCGUGAGAGUGAAAGAGAGAGAGAGACAUGGCCUUCUCGACGUCCUUCACCGCCGCCCAAUCCCUCGCUGGCCGGGCAAUCGUCGGCGCCGGCACAUCCACCACCACCUCUAACCGCCUUGCCGUCCCCUCUUUCUUGAGCUUCAACUCCCUCAAGACCUCCGCUCGCCAGCAUCUACAGCAUCGCGUGGUUCGCUCUCAUCGCGUAGGGCUUGUAAGGGCGGCGGCUGUGGAGGCUCUGGAGGGCACGGCGGGGACUGCUCCGGUGCCUUUGGUUGAGAAAUCAAUUAACACGAUCCGGUUUCUGGCGAUUGAUGCGGUGGAGAAGGCUAACUCAGGGCACCCGGGUCUUCCGAUGGGUUGUGCGCCCAUGGGGCAUAUUCUCUAUGAUGAGGUUAUGAGGUAUAAUCCUAAGAAUCCCUACUGGUUCAAUCGAGAUAGGUUCGUGCUGUCUGCUGGCCAUGGGUGCAUGCUCCAGUACGCUCUGCUUCACCUCGCUGGGUACGAUAGCGUCAAGGAGGAGGAUUUAAAGUCUUUCAGGCAAUGGGGAAGUAGAACUCCGGGCCAUCCAGAGAACUUUGAGACACCAGGAAUUGAAGUCACUACUGGUCCUCUUGGACAAGGUAUUGCAAAUGCUGUUGGGUUGGCACUUGCUGAGAAGCACCUAGCUGCACGCUUUAACAAGCCUGAUAGUGAGAUUGUUGACCAUUACAUAUAUGCGAUUCUUGGGGAUGGCUGUCAAAUGGAAGGGGUUUCCAAUGAAGCUUGUUCUCUUGCUGGGCAUUGGGGUCUUGGAAAACUGAUUGCGUUCUAUGAUGAUAAUCAUAUAUCCAUUGAUGGAGACACAGAGAUUGCUUUUACUGAAGAUGUCAUUACUCGGUUUGAGGCUCUUGGGUGGCACACGAUCUGGGUGAAAAAUGGUAACCAUGGCUAUGAUGAGAUUCGUGCUGCGAUCAAGGAAGCAAAGGCUGUCAAAGAUAGACCUACAUUAAUCAAGGUAACUACCACUAUUGGAUUUGGAUCACCAAACAAGGCAAACUCCUAUAGUGUGCAUGGUAGUGCUUUGGGUGCUAAGGAGGUUGAUGCAACCAGGCAGAACCUCACAUGGCCUUUUGAGCCUUUCCAUGUGCCCGAAGAUGUAAAAAGUCAUUGGAGUCGACAUAUCUCGGAAGGUGCAUCGCUUGAGGCUGACUGGAAUUCUAAGUUUGCAGAAUAUGAGAAGAAGUAUCCUGAGGAAGCUGCAGAGCUGAAGAGAAUCAUGUCAGGAGAACUGCCUGCUGGAUGGGAGAAGGCUCUGCCAACAUACACUACUGAAAGUCCUGCAGAUGCUACUAGAAAUCUAUCACAGCAGUGCCUGAAUGCACUUGCAAAAGUUCUUCCUGGUUUUCUCGGGGGAAGUGCUGAUCUUGCAUCGUCUAACAUGACAUUGCUAAAGACAUUUGGUGACUUCCAGAGUACCACUCCGGAAGAGCGCAACCUCCGAUUUGGUGUUCGAGAACAUGGUAUGGGUGCCAUUUGCAAUGGCAUUGUUUCUCAUAGUCCCGGUCUCAUACCCUACUGUGCCACUUUUUUUGUCUUCACGGACUACAUGAGGGCUGCCAUUAGAAUCUCAGCAUUGUCCGAAGGUGGUGUGAUCUAUGUGAUGACUCACGAUUCCAUCGGCCUAGGAGAAGAUGGACCCACUCAUCAGCCUAUUGAGCAUUUGAUUAGCUUCCGAGCAAUGCCUAACAUUCUCAUGCUCCGGCCCGCUGAUGGGAAUGAGACUGCUGGUGCAUAUAUGGUUGCAAUUCUCAACCGGAAGAGGCCAUCGAUUCUCGCAUUGUCUCGACAAAAGCUUCCUCAUCUCCCAGGAACAUCAAUUGAAGGAGUUGCAAAGGGUGGGUAUAUCAUUUCAGAUAAUUCAUCUGGUAACAAGCCUGACCUUAUUCUCAUUGGCACUGGUUCUGAGCUAGAAAUAGCUGCCAAGGCUGCCCACGAGUUGAGGAAGCAGGGGAAAGCAGUGAGGGUUGUCUCACUUGUAUCUUGGGAGUUGUUUGAUGAACAAUCAGAUGAAUACAAGGAGAGUGUCUUUCCGAGCGCGGUCACUGCUAGAGUUAGUAUUGAGGCUGGUGCGACACUUGGAUGGGAGAAAUUUGUUGGAGGCAAAGGCAAGGCCAUCGGAAUUGAUCAAUUUGGAGCUAGUGCGCCUGCUGGGAAGAUAUACAAAGAAUUCGGUCUCACAACAGAAAACGUUAUUGCAGCAGCAAAUUCACUAUAGGUUGUUGCUUAGAGUAUUUACUUUCUGUUUCAUCGAUAAAUCUGGGUGUCUUACAUUCCGGCAGAUGCAAUGGGAUAAUUGGCCAUCUUUAGAUUGAAAUAAAGUUUUUGAUUCUCAAUAUCUCUUAGUUUUGUUGUAUCAUUUUUGCAAUGGUGUAAUUUGUUGGACUUAAAUUGGGAGCUGCAUUGCUCUCUUAAAGUUUCAUUUGUAAAACUUGUUUUGGACUUUGAGAAGUUUUCAUUUGGUGGCCUUUGAGAA